AUGCCCUGCUUCAAAGGGCUCGCCGUGAGCAUUCACACCCCUGAUGGCCCAAUUCCCGAAUACUCCAUUCAACGCCAAUCCCGAGCUUCACGGAUAGGCUGCUUUAUUCCUGUGCCACCGCCUAAAAUUCCCGAGUCAGGGACUGGUAAAGCGGAGCAAUCAACCUUUGCAAUUUCCAUCACCCUCCUCAAUCCGGAUCAAGAUGUUCCGUACUCAGCUCCGAAGCCGACAGCCGAUUGCCCCUCGCCCAAACCGAAGGUUGUGGGUAAACUGCCCGGGCAGCCAGGCCAAAUCGCUGGAGCGGUCGCACCAUAUCAAGGCUUGACAAACUCGCCAAAUGAGACCGUGGCUGCAUACAUUUACUUCGAUGGAAGACAGAAGGAGGAAGUAGCCACACUGCUGCGGCGCGGAGAAGAGACAUGGGUGAACUCACGCUGGGUCAGCGUGCCAGACUCGGAAGGCGGGGGCAUUGCCGAGCGUGAAUUCUUGUUUCGCGAGGUCGGUCUUGAGCGCUGGCUCAACGGACUGGACCUGGAAGGCAAGGACGCGGCAGCCAAAAUUGAGCGUCGGCGACAGAAGAUGGAAAAACGGCGGGCAAAGCGCGCGACCGAGCAAGACCUGACCGCUAUGGAAAAAGACAUGACCGCUAUGGAAAUGGAGGACAACCACCCUGUCAAGUCGAAGACGAUUAUGCGAUAUGGCAAUGACGAGAAGUCGCCCCUCGAGGAUGUCUCAGAUGCCGAGCUCUCCUCAGACUCAGACGACGAUGAUCCAAUUCCCGAGACAGCGGGUCAAAUCAAGAUCGCUUUGUUCCGAGUAUUGGCGUCCGGGGAAAUCAAGCGGGGCGAAUACUCCCCGCAAUUCGAUGCGCACGAUGAUGAAGAGGGUACGCAGGAUAAUAGCGCCGGAGACGCCGAUAUUGAUCACACCACGAGUUUCGCAAAGCCCAAAACGCUUGACCCGAAGACCAUUAGUACGCAGACUGUCACUGGUAUUGACCCAACUGAUCAGCCAUAUGCGAUCUUUACUUUCAUGUAUCGCGGUGAACGUCAACUACAGAAGAUGGGCAUCUUGAAAGAUUCCAAGGCGCAAGAAACGCCUGCUGCCGCCAAGCGAAAAUCACUACAGGUUGAUCUAGCCAGCCUUGGUCCGAUCAAGCCUGGUGGCUCUGUCGGAUUCCUUAAUUUCCGCGAAACCGACGCCAAAUCGCGCAAGGGCAAGAAGAGCCAGGAUGAUAUGGAUAGUGAUGACGACGAGAACGACAACCCCAUACUUGGCAAGGCAGACGAUGAAGAGGCCAGGGAUGACGACCGGUUUUUGUCUCCGGAUGAUAUUCAACGUCAGGGAGAGCUGGCAGAGAGCUUGCGGAAGAUUCGACUUAAGCGUCAGCACUCCGCAGAACCCCCUGGAGGCAGCGUCGGCGAUUCUAUGGAUUCCCCUGCUUCUGGAUCGACGCCGCCUGCAAACGAGCGCUCGGCAACACCGCCGAAAACUGCGACCGCUGAGCCUGGCCUUCCCGAACCUACUCAGCCAGUCGAAAUUUCAGAUGGGCUUUUCGGAAGCCCACUGAAGAAACAGCGUGCAAGCGUCUCGACCGCCGAUGAGAACGCUCUUCGACGCCGCAUUGCCGAAUCUUCUGGUAGAAUCAGCGAAGUCUUGGGCUCUUCCGCCCCUGCUGAGUCCGCCUCGACCAAUUCUAACACAAUCGCGGAUACGUUCAGUCUGACACCCGAGCUUUCUGUCGGACCCAAACCCACUGAAGAGGAGUUGUGA